GUGUUAAAUACAGAAUUCCGCAGGUAAAUAAAUGCGCAACUUGUAUUAGUGUUGGAUUUUAGAUAAGAGUCAUGACGAAAUUUAGUGUUCAAGUAAUAAUUUUGGUUUGGAUUAUUUUUCUGCUUAUAGAAAUAGAAGAUGCUUUAAAACCUCCGCAGAUUCUACCUCCUAUACUGGUAGUAGGAAAUAAGGCAACAGUGUGCUGGAUUAUUGACGAGACUUCAGAUGUUGUUAAAGGUUUUCAAUUAACUUAUGAGAUUGUUGGUGCAUUGGGAAAUUUUAACUUAAAACUGACAAGGAAUAUUGAUGGGCUAAAAAGGAGUUAUACGAUUCGUGGAUUAAUUCCGCUAUCAACGUACAAAAUAUUCAUGGUUACCAUAGGUAGUAGUGACGUCAGUAAUGCAAGCGCAACAGAAUUCACAACAGAUUUACCUGAAAACAGGUUACUGAGAAUAGAAAGAAGUGGUGUCUACCCGGAAGAAAUAAUUUUUAUUGCGAUAGUAGUCGUAGUUUGGGUAAUUGCAGUAAUUGUGUUUUUAAAGCAAUGGAAUAGUAUAAGAAUUUUAGAACCAGUUGAACCACGAUAUAAACAUGCACCAAAAAAUCUAGAGAACAUCCGAGUGGUGAAAAGGACACAAGACAGUGUAAUUUACAAAGGCUAUAGCCGAAAGUUAUCAAUUACAAUGGUAGAGAGAGAAAAAAGACGACUACAAAGAAUGAACACAGCACCAGUGCUUCCGGUCACAGGACGCAUGACAUUAAAUACAUUACCAACAAUUCAAAUGGAAGAUAUGACUACAGAAAUGUGAUGUAGGAUAUUAUUAUAUGGUGCGUAAAUGUGGGCGUUUCGUAAACGUGAUAAUGUGUUCAUGAAUUGCUAUUUUUAUUGUUAUAUUUUGUAAUCCUAUACAUUUAUAAAAUGCAUUCCAUGUUUUCCUUUGUGCAUUCAUCAGGGCUGUUAUUCCGGUCAAGUUAUGAUAAGAACAACCUCGACUUCCAAAAUCGUGAAAUAAUCAUACACCUCUUAUCCUACACAAAUCGCACACCUCUUAUCCUACACAAGUUUUGAUAUCCAUAUGUUACAUAAUACAUAAAGAACAGAAGUAUACCAAAGUAAUGAUGGUAUUGCCCCAUUGAUACCAAAAUAAUGAUGGUAUUGCCCCAUUGAUACCAAAGUAGUUAUGGUAUUGUCCCAUUGAUACCAUGCAAAGUAAUGAUGGUAUUGUCCCAUUGGUUUCAUCUGACUUGACUUAGCUAACACGGCUAUGUCAUAUAGGGAGAUGUUCUCCUACAGAAAAGAAGUAUACCAAGUAAUGAUGGUAUUACCCCAUUGAUUUCACCUGACUUGACUUAGCUAACACGGCUAUGUGAUAUACGGACAUGUUCUCCUACAGAAAAGAAGUAUACCAAAGUAAUGAUGGUAUUGCCCCAUUGGUUUCACCUGACUUGACUUAGCUAACACGGCUAUGUCAUAUAGGGACAUGUCCUCCUACAGAAAUUGGGACUUGGUAAUCUUAGUUUCUAAUAUGAAUACAUUUCAAAACUUUAAUGAGUGUUUGUGAGUGAUCAAUUGACUCACAAUGUAACUUUUAGUCAAGGUGCCUUUGUUACCCAGCUUUUAAAUCUUGCCCGAUCAUGUAAAAUGUAUUACUUAAUAUCAUUUCAUUUAUAUAUGAAAACGCUUGCCAUGUACAUGUAACAUUUACUGGGUAACUAUUAAACAAACAAAAAAUAUAUACAGAAAAAAACAUGCCAAUUACAUAUGUAUAACCAAACGAUAUAUCUCUCUCUUCAUAUGUACUAUUGUUCUGUUUAAUUUUUAGUACAUUUUAUAAUUUAUAUUCAUCUGAUAUUAUCAUUUUAAUUAAUAUAUUUGAAACUUUAAUCCUGUAUAUAAUACAUGUCACGUAGGUACUACGGUUAUAUACAUUUAUUGUCCGUGCAUGAGGGAAACAAGGAAGCUAAUAAUUUCCGGAGGUAUCACCCGACGCAAAUGUGACUUUUCGAGAGUGAACAAAUCUUAAUAUCUACCUAAGCCAAGGGAAAUAAAUGUUUUAUUCCACUGCCUAUCUUUGUUUAUAACUAAGUACCUGACCAUUAAAUAUUAAUUUAUGUUACAUGUAACCGCAAAACGUUAUGUACAUUAAUCGCGCGUAACGUCGCACGAGGAAGUCCCUAUGUUCAGGUGUCAUGUGGAGUGGUCUGAGUCAAUCAAAUAUUGAUUAAGCUAUCAAAUUUAGAAUACAGUGGAAUGAUAUCAUAAUUAUGCUUUCAUACAAAUAUUUGAUUUUAUUAUCUUGAUGAUGAUAAGCAUCAUAUUCAAGCCCUUACACAAUGAUAUUUAAUGUGAUACUAUAUUAUUUGUAUACAAGAAAAUAAAUUAUUUCUUUA